AUGGAAGGUACAGACACCAACUCGAAGAUACUCUUCCGCAACGUCCGCAUUUUCGACUCUACCGGCGCGGACCCCUACCCCGGCGACGUCCUCAUCCACGGUGAACGCAUCGCCGCAGUCGGGGACAUCGAUAUCUCCGGCCACGACAUCACCGCUGCCAAAGUCAUCGAGGGAAACGGAAGGUUCCUUAUGAGUGGAUUGUGCGAUGCGCAUACUCACCUCACAUGGAACAACACCGGGAAUCUCGACGCGCUUGGUGAUACCCCUGUCGAGGAACAUACAUUGUUCGCGAUGCGUUCUGCGAGGACGUAUUUGGAUUAUGGAUACACCAUGUGUUUUGGUGCUGCCUCCGCAAAACAGAGGAUUGAUGUCGUUAUCCGGAAUGCUGUCAAUGCGGGCGACAUCGCUGGACCACGUUAUCUGGCGAACGGCCAGGAGAUGGCGCCUCCGGGUGGGGAGUUGAUUCCCUCCAUUACCGCUUACGCUUCUGGACCUGAGGAGAUGCGCCGUGUCGUCAAGCGCCACAUCGAAACCGGGUGUAACCAGAUCAAGUUGAGUAUGUCCGGUGAGGAGAUAACGGAGAGGCUAUCAGCGGACGACACAACCUUCAGCGACGACGAAGUCAAAGCCUGCGUCGAAACCGCCCACGCCGCGGGCCUCCGCGUCUGUGGCCACGCCCGCUCCGCAGAAUCCGUGAUCCAAUGCGUCACAUAUGGCGUUGACGUAAUCUACCACGCUUCCUACAUCGACUCGGAAGGCAUGGACAUGCUCGAGAAAGCAAAGGACAAACACUGGGUCGCGCCUGGAAUCAACUGGAUCGUCGGUACGCUGAACGAUGCCGCUGCGUUCGGGUAUACCCCGCAGAAGGCUGAGCAGGUUGGGUAUAAAAGGGAGUUGGAGGCGGCGUGUAAGGGGAUGCAGGAGAUGCGGCGUCGUGGAAUUCGAGUCCUUCCUGGUGGGGAUUAUGGGUUUGCGUGGACCCCGCAUGGGACAUAUGCGCGUGAUCUUGACCAUAUGGUCCGUCUUUUCGGAUAUACGCCCAAAGAAGCGCUCAUCAUCGCCACGGCCGGUGGUGGAGAUAUGUUCAUGCACCCCAACGACCUCGGUAAGAUCCAACCUGGCUUCUUGGCGGAUUUGAUUCUCGUUGACGGCAAUCCGUUGGAGGACAUCAAGUGUUUGCAGGAUUUGGAGAAGAUUCAGGUUGUGAUGAUCAAUGGGCGUAUUCAUCGGGAGGGGAGUGGGGCGAAGGAGAGUGCGGAGGUUCCGCCGGUUGCGGGGGAUGACGGGAACGUGCAUGUAAUUGUGCCGGAUUUGGACCUGGGGAAGAUGACACUCGGGGAGGGGUCUCCGCAGACGAUUAGUGCUCAUUAA